CCAGCAUGGCCUCGGCGGAGACCCCGGAGCAGCGGCUCCCCGGGGCGGAGCGGCCGGCGGCGGCGGGGGGCCGGGCGGAGGCGCCGCGGUGCCGCAGUCUGCCCGCGCUCGGCUCCCCCCUGGCGGCCGGGGGGGGCGGUGGCGGCCCCGCCGCGGGACCGGCUCCCGAGGCCGAGCGGGGCCGGGGCGCCGCCGCCGAGGCUUCCCGGCCCCCCGGCAGAGGCGGCGGGAGCUUCCCCUGGAAGACGGAGGGCGGCCAGCCGGCGGCGCCCGGCCGAGGGGUAUCCCUGGGCCCCCCGCUGCUGCUGCCGCCGCCGCCCGCGCUGCUGCUGGCGGGCCCCCCGGGCAGAGCGUGCCUGCGGGCAGUGCUGGCGGACUCGCGCUGCUUCCUGGUGUGCAUGUGCUUCCUGACCUUCAUCCAGUCCCUCAUGGUCUCCGGCUACCUGAGCAGCGUCAUCACCACCAUCGAGCGGAGAUACAGCCUCAAGAGCUCGGAGUCGGGGCUGCUGGUCAGCUGCUUCGACAUCGGGAGCCUGGUGGUGGUGGUCUUCAUCAGCUACUUCGGGGGUCGCGGGCGGAGGCCGCUCUGGCUGGCCGUAGGGGGGCUGUUCAUCGCCCUGGGCGCUGCGCUCUUCUCCUUACCUCACUUCAUCUCUCCGCCGUACCAGAUCCAGGAGCUGAACUCCUCCGUCACGAACGAGGGCUUGUGCGUGGCUGGCAAUGGCACUGCCGCUGCCAAAGAGCAGUGGGACACAUCGGCCUGCGCCAAGGACGCCGGCGGAAAUGACCACUCUCUCUAUGUAGCUUUAUUCAUUUGUGCCCAAAUCCUCAUUGGCAUGGGCUCGACACCCAUCUAUACCUUGGGACCAACCUACUUAGAUGACAAUGUCAAGAAAGAAAACGCCUCGCUUUACCUAGCCAUCAUGUAUGUAAUGGGAGCACUUGGACCUGCAGCUGGAUACUUAUUAGGAGGACUUCUUAUUGGUUUCUAUGUUGAUCCUAGGACGACUGUGUACAUUGACCAGAGUGAUCCCCGAUUCAUUGGAAACUGGUGGAGUGGAUUUCUCCUUUGUGCCAUUGCUAUGCUCCUUGUGAUAUUUCCCAUGUUUACCUUUCCGAAAAAGCUCCCUCCUCGACAUAAAAAAAAGAAAAAGAAGAUGAAUUCUGAUGAUGUUUCAAGUGAUGAUGAUGUGAUGAAGGAGAAAACAAGUAGCAAAACAGAAACAGAUAGUUCAGUUUCUGCCUCUAUGGGAUUUGGAGAGAAUGUUAAAGAGCUUCCAAGAGCAGCUGUCAGGAUCUUAAGCAACAUGACAUUCCUUUUUGUGAGUUUGUCAUACACAGCUGAGAGUGCCAUUGUCACAGCUUUUAUUACCUUCAUUCCCAAGUUCAUCGAGUCACAGUUUGGCAUCCCAGCUUCCAAUGCCAGCAUCUACACUGGUGUGAUUAUUGUCCCAAGUGCUGGUGUUGGUAUUGUCCUAGGUGGCUACAUUAUAAAAAAGCUGAAACUUGGUGCAAGAGAGUCUGCAAAGUUGGCUAUGAUCUGCAGUGGUGUAUCUCUGCUGUGCUUUUCAACACUCUUCAUUGUUGGAUGUGAAAGCAUUAAUCUAGGGGGAAUAAAUAUACCUUACACAACUGGUCCCACUCUUGCCAUGGCCCACAGGAAUCUGACUGGAAGCUGCAAUGUUAACUGUGGAUGUAGGAUUCAUGAGUACGAGCCUGUCUGUGGAUCAGAUGGAAUAACAUAUUUUAAUCCUUGCCUAGCUGGCUGCAUCAGUGGUGGAAACCACAGCACAGGGGUCAGAAAUUACACAGAGUGUGCCUGUGUGCAGAGUCGCCAGGUGAUCACCCCUCCGACAGUGGGCCAGCGCAGCCAGCUCCGGCUGGUGAUUGUCAAAACCUACCUGAAUGAGAACGGCUACGCCGUGUCCGGCAAGUGUGACCGAACCUGCAACACGCUCAUCCCGUUCCUCAUCUUCCUCUUCAUUGUAACCCUUAUAACAGCAUGUGCCCAGCCAUCAGCAGUCAUUGUGACACUCAGGUCUGUGGAAGAUGGGGAGCGACCCUUUGCACUAGGAAUGCAGUUUGUUUUAUUAAGAACUCUUGCUUACAUUCCCACUCCAAUUUAUUUUGGGGCUGUUAUUGACACCACGUGCAUGCUUUGGCAGCAGGAUUGCGGCGUACAAGGAUCUUGUUGGGAAUACGAUGUCACCUCGUUUCGUUUUGUCUACUUCGGGUUGGCAGCUGCUCUCAAGUUUGUGGGAUUCUUUUUUAUUUUCCUGGCCUGGUAUUCCAUAAAGUGCAAAGAAGAACAACUGCAGAGACAGAGUUGGAGGGCUUCGCCGGUGAACACUGUGAGUGAGAUGGUUGGACAAGCUGGACCCCAACAAAACUAUGCACGGACUAGAUCCUGCCCUACCUUCAGUUCCCAAGGAGACAUCAGUGUGGCACAAGGAAUGAACUGCUUAGCACAGACCUACCCUGGCCCUUUUUCAGAAGCAAUAAAUUCCUCAAAUGAAAAUGCAUUGGAAGAAGUUGUUGAGAUAUAGACCCCUGGCUUGGUAAUGUAAUAUUUAGUUUUGUUGGUUGACUUAGUUACGGCGCCUUGUAAAACACCUGUGCCUUCUAUUUUUAAUCUAAAUGUAACACGUGAUAAAACCAACAAAGCUUGAUGCAAACAACCAUAAUAUGUUCCUGAGGGCUGGAUACCUCAAACCAACCCAAGUUCUUAUUUCUCCCCUCCUGACGAUGGAGUUUUAAAAAUUGUGUUUGUAAUUAUUUCAGAUGUGUCCAUUAAAUGUCCAUGCUCUGAUCUAAUAUCAUUGUAAAGUUGAGGUGUUACAAACAGCAGAAGUCAGUGGAAGAGUGACAAAAAUUCAUAUUGUUGAUGUCUAGACUCACAAAAAUGCUUAAAUGUAUUGUCAACUUCAUAUCCGCAAAUUGUAUUUUUAAGAGAUGAGUAAUUACUGUGAGUUCUGCUACAAAGCACAACCUAUUUAAACUAUGCAACUUCUUUGGAUAAUUGUAUGUGCAGCAAAUUAAGUUUAAAGCUUGCUUUUAAAGACAUUACUGCAACUGAAUUUGAAAGGGGCUAUUUUCAGGCGUGUUCAUUAAAUUAAAAAAUAACAUAAAGUUUAAAGUACUGUUAAUAACAUGUCAAGCCAUACAAGAUUUAUGCAUCAGGUAACGUUUGCAAAUGUUGAGUUGUAACAUCUUUAUCCUGUCAAAAGGUGCAUUAAUUUUCACUUGAUGGGAUGUAGUCAUUCUUCACAAAGUAUAUAGAAUACUAUAAUACUUGAAGUAAAAAACUUCAGUAUUGGUUUAUAGUAACAUUAAGAUGUAGAAAUCAUACACACAUACCAGAGCAGAUACGUGCAUAUUUCUGCAAUGUUAUUUGGGUGGCUGUUACUAGCACCAAGUCCAUACUUUCCUGAAGAAGAAAACAGCUGGGUAUAACUUGACAGGAAGUUUGGCUGUCCUUCAGAACUGCAUGCCAGUCUAGUUCAGCUUCAGUGGGAAGGUCCUGAGGGAGAGCCUUGUCUGGUGCUGGGACCUGGCGGGUCCCUGGCAGCCAGCAGCAGCAGAGCUCAGGCUGCAGGAGGGAGCAGAGCAGCCUGCCCACCGUGGUGCCAGCCGGGAGGCUCUCCCUGCUCUCCUGGCACCCAGGACAGCUGGGAGGGGAGGGCUGGUGACACCCAGCACUGGGCAGCCAGGUGGGACAGGCAUGCAGCUCCUGGCUGUGUGGUUUGUCCCACAUGUCUGCCUUUGCUUCCCUCAGCUUCACUGGAAGCUCCUGUGAAGCCAAAGGGUGAGUUUGUCUCUCCUUUGGCCCUCCGGGUGAAGGGCUAAGAAUAGAAAUAGAAAUUACUGGUGAGUGUGGACUCACAGGACAUGAUGUGGCCUUUGUUUGUUCCAAAUUACUGUAGUGUGUUCUCUCCCUGGGAGAUGCUGAGACUUUCCAGUCAAACGUGCUUGGCAUUUCAUUUUUUGCUCUGGAGGCUUUGUAGUGCCAUGCUCACAAGGUACUAAUGAUGUCUCAAAGGGCAGAAAAUUAUGUCAGUUGGACACUGGCAAGUCAAGGCUGUAUUGGGCCCUGCAGGGGAACUCUUAGAAGUGUAAGAAAUUAAAAAGCAGUCUUCUAAGAGGACUCAGUGAUAGUCUGGUUUGGAUUUUGCAGAGUAGAGAACUUGUGUGCAAAGGAAAGAGCAGAGCUUCUACAUAUUUUUGAAGAGAGUUAUUCCUGAUUUGAUUUUUCACUUUAGAACAUAUAUAUUGAUCAAACACUAUAUGGAACCAAGUCCUUGAAAAUAAAGGCAGUACUCUCCUUGGCAUCCAUUGAGUUGUCCUGGGAAGAGUAGAUUUCCCUCUCUGCCUUUGCCAAAUGCCUUUUGUCAUCACCUGGAUCCUCUUGACCAGCACAUGGGACUACCCAUGGGGCUGCUUAUUUCAGAAUGUCUCAGUCCAUUUAUGUAGUUUGUAACAAUUCUUACUCUUCCUGUCUGAAAACUCUGAUUCUUCUACCCCAAACCUAGAGAAAUAUUGUUUUGAUCUCUUCCUGCUAUUCUGUCCAUAUUAACAGCUUUUUUUGGUUAAGUGUGAGAAUGUCUUUUCCUCUUAUGCAGCCACCAGAUACAAUGUGUCCUCAGUCAUCACACACUUUCUGUGAUAACUGGGUCCUACACUUCUUGUCCUGAGAAAUAGAUUUCCUUGGCUCAAAGGUGUUUGAUAUAUAUGCUGUAGGAGAUCGGCGUAGAUGAUAAAAAUGUUUCUUUUUCUUCAGUCUCAAAUGCUUGUUGCACCAAGAAUUUUCUACCAUUGCAAAAAAUGGCAAAGUAAUAGGACAAAGUGUAAUUGCAGCCUAGCACUCAUCCAUUUUUAUCACUUCCCCAUUUUAAUCAUCACAGGGAGAAGUGAAGAGUGACAAUCUUUUCAAAUACCUCAGAAACAGAGCAUUUAGGGAAUUGUAAAAGGCUGAAGAUUCAUCAUCUAUCCUGAUCUCUUAUAUUUCAUGCCUUGUGUGCUUCUAUUUCAUACAAAAACCAAGGGAGAGCAGAUUAGGAGUGUCAGGAACUAAUGGCACUAAACCAAAGAAUGGGAGUGAUAAAAAGUGGCACUUCUGCAGCUGCUGGUGUUUCUGAACUUUCAGGAGAUUUCAGAGCUUGUUGCAAUGAAGACUGUCUACUUUUUAGGUUAUCCUGACCCUUCAACUUACAAGAACAUUCAGAUUUCCUAAACGAUUGAAAAAGUGGAAUGUAGAAAGAAAGAUGUUAAUUUCAGAAAUACUGAAGCCUUCUUUACACACUUUCAAUUUUAAUUUUUAAUUAUAAAUUAAAUUUUAAUUUUUCUUUGAGAAUUAUAUGCAAAACAAAAUGUAAUUCCUUACUUUUCAAACAAAUUUUUUCCUAGUUUUGGGUAUAGAUAAUUUUGGCAGUGUAAAUAAAUUUCUAUAAAAUCAAUUAAGCAUCCUCUGAAAGAAAGCAAGCCCAAACUCUGGCCAGUUUUUGAUUAUUUCCUGAAGGAGGGUUUCUCAUGAGUAAUCUAUAAUAGUCUAAACUAAGCCAAUAAAGGUAUGCAGGGGAAACACAUUCACUCCCUAGAAGUGUCAGUUGCAGCAUUGUCAUUGACUGGUGUAUGGGCUGAGACCUGCUGAACAAACACUGUGCUCUGAGGCUGUCAUUGCUGGAGGAAGCAGCAUCUCCAGACAUUGAGUGCACCCCUAGCAGUGAUCAUGGUCAACACAUGGUGCUAAACCAACUUUACAGGAACUAAAAAAGAACUUUGCCUGUCAUCCAGUGAAGGGGCUGUUUUCCUACUGUGAGAUCCUCUCACCAUAGAACAUAAAAUUCCAUCAAGCUGUAAUUCUUGCUGCCUUCCCUCUCUGUCCCUGAACACAGAAGGUUUGGUAGCAGUGAAUACAAGGAGAGGUGAAGCAGGUCCUGCUCACCACAGGCUGCUGUUGGUAGCAAACCCAAGUCACCUGCAGCUUAUAGCCAGUGAUAACAUGGAGCAGCAACAUCUGGUGAUGGUGAAAGUGCCACCAUGCCCUCAUAGGGACAGACUAACUCCCUCUUCUACCACUUAAUUCUGUUUUAGAGUGGGGAACAUGAGAGAAGAAGUAGCCCAAAUAUAUGGACUUGAGUGAAAAGGUUAAUUGUCCCUUCUUAGCCUCCCAUUAACCCUUGUUUCCUCAAAAAGGAAAGAACUUCAGAAUGGAUGCAGCCAUGGCCAUGGGUGAUUAUGAAUGCAGCACCCUCAGGAGAUAAUUUGUAGAUCUUUGCAGGGCUGGAAUAAUUUGGAAGAGUUAGACUCGCCAUGUUUCCAAUUUUAGUCAGAAGCCCUCUGGUUUUGGUUCCCUUUCUUCCCCUUGAUAAAAUAUGGUAUAAUUUGGAACCAAUGACAUUUUAUAGCCUUUCAGUACAGUGUGAGCACCUUUGAAUAUUAUGGUUCAAUUUGUAUUUAUUUGGAAACUUUCAGUCCUUUGGUCAGCCUAUAUAUCUUUAAAAGUGCAUGUAGUAACAUGCAGUUCUUCAGAACUUACGUAAGUGGAGGCACAAAUCUCCUACUAAGUAUUAGAAAUGUACAUUUGAAAGGUCCUAAAUUAAUUGCAAACAAUUAAUUACUUGAAUAUAGUGUUUUCAAAAAUACAUAUUUUUUAAUAUUGCUUAUUAAUUUGUAGUAUUAGCUAUUCAUUCAUUAUGGUUCUGAUCCAGCAGAACACUUAAAUAUGUGAGUAAAUUUAUAUAUUUAAGUAAUGCACUUGAAAAUAAUGCACAUAUGUGUGGGACUGAAUCCUGUCUGCAUUGAAAAAAAAAUUCCUUUAUCCAAAGAGUAUUUCUAUGAUGAGUGCUUCCCCCAUGGAUUCAGUGAUAAUUGUAACCAGACUAGCACAAAGUAGUGCUUGAGUUCUCUCCUGUGGCAUUCAGGUGUGGCUACUUACAUAUCCAGCAAUGGAGGCACGCUGUCAUUUUCACAUAGAAUUCAAAUUCAAAAUAUUUUGCGGGAAUGGUUUAAGAUUCAGUCUUGCUCUUCCUGCCAUUCACUUACUUUAUGAAUUUCUGUCUGAAAACCUGUGUUGCAUGGGAGAUAGAUUAAAUAAAGGCAUCCUUCUGACCUUAGAGCCAAUGAAAUUGCUCAGGUAAUGCUGUAGACUCGAAUUGUGCCCUUGCACAGAAUUUACACCUCGAGGUUCAGAUGACAAGUUGUCAGUAUCCCGCACAAAUGGAACAGUGGAACCUGCUCAGUGGAAUUUCAGAGAGCAUGUCUGGGACAGGGGUCAGCACCCUCUGCACUCUUCUUGUAGGUUCUCCCCCAAAAUGCCUGAAUAAUUGCUGCCUUACUGCUCUUUUCUGUGCAUGUGAUACCACAGCUCUUCAUGGUGUUAUAUUGACAUAAAACUGAUGAUGAUAAAUAGGCCCAAAGUGUCUUACUGCUAUUUUGGAGCCACAUUCUUGGCCUCACCAGUCCAAUGUUGGAGCUGAAGAGCUAGGCCAUACCUUGUGUUGGAAGUUAACAAGCUGGUGCUUUAGCAAGUGUGUGUGAACUAGGGAAUAUCAAGCUUGUUUAACUUUUAUACUCUAUUCACUCUAUUACUACUCUUUUUGGAGGUGGAAGACAAAAACUUCCUAAGCAGGUUUAUCUUUUUCUGUUUUCUCAUAGUGUGUCUCUUACAGUAGCUUAGGAGAUGCCAUGCUGCAUGCUUCAGAAUCUGGCUUCCCCCAGCUGAAGCCAUCCAGCUGUGGUUGCUUUCCAGGGGCUCUAAACACCUGGUAACAGAGAUUUACCAGGACUGUGACCUGCAUAGUCAUUGCUUUGGACAGUGUUUGCUACCUAUAGAUUAAACCUGUAAUCAACACAUUUCAGGUUCUUCACAUAUUGGACUUGAUGCUUUGAAUGUUUUCAUCACUUCAGAGUGCUUAGAAGAUGGGCAGUCAAUAUCAUGGUGGUAGAUGUAUUCUUUGGUAGGGAAUUAGGGCUUUCUUCUUUUUUCUUUUCUUGUUUUCUUCUUUUUUUUUUUUUUUUUCCUUGUUUGACAAAUAGCAAUUAAAAAAGAUUGCAUGUAAACAUUGUCACAGAGUAGAGAUGUGGAGCCUUCAGUGUGAGGAUGGGGUAUGGGCAGGGUUCACAUGAUUUGUCCCAUUUAUACUGAAUAUCACUUAUAUAUGUUACUUUGUGGCCAAAGGUUCAAAAGCCUACCUGAUCCUUAGGAAGGAAGUUUUUCCUAUAUUUUCCUCAUAAUUUGUUGUGUAAAUUAAGGAGGAAAGUUAAUACUACCCAUGUCCCGUGGCCAUAUCCAUUACAUUAAACUGCAGUUAGUAACUACAAUUACUAAUUUUAGCAGUCACCCCUCCACUCCUUCAAUUCAGCUAUUUUUUUUGUUAAUACAGCCUCUUAAACACAGAUGUAGCUCUGCAAUUUCAAAGUUGCUCCAAAGUCUUCUUGACUUCAAGUGUUACAGAAUAGAUGCUUAUUUAUCUGGGUUCCAUUCUACUCUUCUAAUUAUUGCAUUAUCCAUUGUGUGUAUUGUAUUUUUUUAUUUUUUCAGUUUCAAACAGUGGUCACAAUGUUAUUCUGUAAGAAUGUUUUGUUCAUUAUAUAGAAUAGGUAAAAAGCUGUGGAAUUAAUGAAGGGCUACAAAAAGCAUCCAAAAUGUUGUUCACCUUGAGGAAGGGUGAGACAGCUUGAUAAUCUCUGGACAAAAGACUAAACAACACUGUGGUGCUAAUAGGUACUGAAGUAUUUUAUGAUGUAUUCACUUUGACUUAAAUGACAUAUUCAAGGCAUGUCAAUGAUGCAACUGCAUGUGUUUCUGUUCCAGAAGUCUGGACUGCUCUGACAAAGACAGUGUUUGUAGUUCCUGGUGGGCCAAUUCCAACCUAGCUCUUCUGUGGGAAAGUAGUUUCAGGAGUCUGUGUAGGAUUUGGCUCAGCACUAUUAGGUAAAGUCAAAGCUGCACAGACCACAGAAGUCUUAUGUAGAAUGUAUUCAGCCUGCUGUAGCAAGUUACUUUAGUUGCUUUGCUUAAGCAGGAGCUAAAAAUAAAUUCUGUAGUAAUGUCAAGAAACACUGGGCUAAAUUCUGGAACCACUUAACCAAAUAAUAUUAGCAAGCAUUUGAAGUAAAAUGAGGAUUGAGAUCUGAAAUAUGAAUGUUCUUUCAUGGAAUACUAGAAAGAGAGGGGUAGAAUAAGAGCAAAUUCUGUCUCAUGGAAAGGAAAAAGGCCAAAUCUGGUUGACUUUAAAGUGAGCUAUGAUUUACAAAAGGGGGGUUUUGUUUUAAAAUCUUGAAGACAAAAUUUCUGUUUUGAAUUCUGAACCGUUUUUUGUUUGUGUUACUGUGCCCAGGCUGCUCAUGCAGGGCAGGUGUCUGUGUUCUAAAUAGCACUGAAAGCACUAAUAGCACUGAUCACUCUUCUGACCAACAGGCCAGAAGUUUUGCCUCUGUAGCAAACUCCAUAUUUGAAAACUUGGAGGGAAAUUUCCAAACAAAACAAAACAAAUAUGUACAAAAUGAUCCAAAGCUGAGUUUCAAUAAAGAAAAGAAAACGUUGUGUCAGUGAGAUCCACAGUUGAGUGGAGGCUUUCCUGAAAGAAGACUUGCUCUUUUCACCAGCUGAGCACAUGGGAGUUUGGCCCCUGGCUGCAGUGCAUACCUCUCUCUACCAAAUGAUUUGUGCAGAACAGCAACAGUCUCAGUAGUAUUGUAGGAGCAUGGAGUGGGCACACUGCCUGUAACUGUUUAGUUUUUUAAAAACUCAUUAUUAAGCAAAUAUGUAGAGUAUUAAGGAAAUUUGUAGAGUAUGUCUGACGGUAUGAGUGUGUGGGUGCUGUGCUGUGGUAAAAAGAGAAUAAUUGGUUUAUGCUGGGUAUUUUUGCAUACUUUAGGCUCCUGUAUGUUUUUUUUUUUUUUCUUUUUAAUUUAUAUUUAUUUCUCAGCAGAGCUUAGAGUAAUUUUAAAGUUAUAUAACCCAUGAUUUAAUGAAAUCUGCUGUCAGCAUCUGUUGUAAACACGUGUUUACAAAACAAACUCUUGAAUACUUGAUACUUGGAAAUAAAAAAUAGCAUAUCA